GGGAACUAAAAGUAAUCUAGUAUUGUUGAAGCUCUAAGCAUUCUUAUUAUCUGUGUGUAUAUGUGUGUGACUGUCAGCUUGGAUAGGAGAUAUAUUAGGAGGUAAGGCAGAGGUCAGAUAUUGUGAAAGUGGAUGUGUAUUGUGUUAAGAGGUCAAUGGAAAUUCAUUAGAGUUGGGUUGUGGACUGAUGUGAUCAUAUUUGUACUAUAGAAAAAUGACCCUGUUAAUAAGAAUGGGUGCUAUAUUGAGAAGGAAGGAGGUAUCAGCAGAAAGACCAGGUAGGAGAUUGUUGCAAAACUCCCAGAAAUAAAAUAAUAAGACUUGCAAUCUGGUAACAUUAGUGGAGACAGGAAGGAGGGAAUGGUUUUGAAAUAGACAUGGCUCACUACACACUCAGACAUAUUCCAGUAGCUUCACUCUUUUCCUGGGUCUUGAAGUCCUCAGAUCUGUAGAACAGCCUCUGAACUCAGUUUGAUGGCUCUAACCAUUCAUCUGUAUCAUCCAGUUGCCACCUUUUAGGAACACAAAUGACUGUUGAAAGAGGUGCUGUGUUCUGCUCAGCGGCUCAAGGGUCCCUUAACAGCAGCCAGUCUCUUUUCAAAGUCCCUGGAGCUCCCACUCCUUCUCCUGUCACUCUCAGAGCCUCUGGCUGCUCCAAGGACUUUAUGGUUGUUUCUUUGUGCCUGUGAGUUGGUUGGUGUUUUCUUGUUUUGGUCUUUCCUGAAGCUUGCUGAAAUCUACCAGCCAGAGAGUGUUCUGUUGUAGCCCAUUCUAUUUACCUCAUGGAACUGCCGCUCUCCAGGCCUUCUAAUUGUGGCCCAAGUUACUCAUAUCUGUGACCCACUGAGAUCCCAGGUUCAUUCUCCAAGCCUUGACACCCCUCUACACUCUGUGACUCAAUUGCCUGCCUUCAGUUCAUAGCAGCAUCAAAUGAGCUGUUCAUGAGCAGUUCAUAGCAGCAUCGAAUUGGGUCUUUGCCACCUCUCUCCUACUUCGUGCUCAGGAGCUCUCUGUAAAGCCUUUGCUGAGUAACUGGGUAAUGCUAAUGCCAGGCUUGAGCUGCAGCAGCUGGGGAGAGGAUGUGCUCCUCCAGCCAGAGGCUGGAGCACUGAGAUCCCAAGUCCCUGUUCUGAUCCCUGGAGGGAUGGUUGUAUGGAUGGGCAGUCUGGGCCAUGUGUGUGUUCUACUGGCCCAUCACAGUCACAGGUGGAGUCAUGGAGCUAGAGGCAGGGAGCAGCUCGAGCUCUCAAAUUCCUGUAGAUAUUUUAGAAUGAGAACUGCUUUGGCAGUUCUGGGAUAGCCAGCUCUGAACCACUGCCAAAGGCACACAUUUAGUGACCUGAGGGAUGAGGCAAACUGAUCAAGGUACACAAGUGUCAUCAGUGCAGGCUCCCGGGAAAGCACAGCAGGAGAGGAGAGGGCUGUGGCUUGUAGUUAAAAUGCAGUGAUGAAUGUGACGAUGAUUUGAACCCGAUGGGCUGUGCCUCAAAGGUGAACCAGGGAGAAUCAAAUAAAGAGUUCCAGAAGAGAAGAGAAGAAGGAAAGUGGCCACGUUGAUUCAGCCAAGCAUCUCCAGGAGGUCCCCUCUGGAUGUCCCAUGAGGCUGCCCCUCAGCCACAGCCCAGAGCACGUGGAGAUGGCUUUGCUCAGCAACAUCCUAGCGGCCUAUUCCUUUGUCUCAGAAAAUCCUGAGCGAGCAGCUCUGUACUUUGUUUCUGGCGUGUGUAUCGGGCUGGUGCUGACCCUGGCUGCUUUGGUGAUAAGGAUCUCUUGCCACACAGACUGCAGGCGGCGUCCCGGGAAGAAGUUCCUGCAGGACAGAGAGAGCAGCAGCGACAGCAGCGACAGCGAGGAUGGCAGUGAGGACACCGUGUCCGAUCUCUCUGUGCGGAGACACCGCCGCUUCGAGAGGACUUUGAACAAGAAUGUGUUCACCUCCGCGGAGGAGCUGGAGCGCGCCCAGCGGCUGGAGGAGCGCGAGCGCAUCAUCAGGGAGAUCUGGAUGAAUGGCCAGCCUGAGGUGCCCGGGACCAGGAGCCUGAACCGCUACUAUUAGGGAGCAGCAGGACCCCGGAAACCACUGGAGGCCGCCUGGAAAGGAGAGUGUCUGCAGGGACAGUGGGCACAAGGAACUGAACCCAGCUCUGCUAAUAUUGUGAUUUCAGAGAAAAAGCAGGACAUGCCCCUUUUCUAGCCAGGAGGAUUGCUCCUUUUUGGCCAAAUGUAUGGAGAAGUAGAAAAAUCAAAGCAGUUCAUCAACCUUUCCAGGUCUCGGAAUGGUGCUGAAAAAUCCUCUCCAACACUGUGGAUGGAGAUCGGAGAAACGCGACUGUGGUUUCUCUUGAUUUCUGAGGAUCUCAGAAGUUUCAGCAGACUUCCUUGCUCUGUGUUAUUCCUUUGCAAAAGGAAAGAUCAUUAUAGCAUGAGGGCUGGGAAUAGCAGGGUGAACUUAACCCAAUAAAUGCAAUUUCCUAAAUGACUUCAUGCUAUGGAGGUGAUUCUGAUUCAAAUAGCAUGAUCCAUGCUUAUUAUUUAAGGCUGAUUUUUAAAAUCUUGUGUUGCAAGGGCAACCUCGUCCAUUUUAACUGGCACCUCAGGGAUUAAAAUCCUACUUUUUAGUGUAGUUCCCACCUCAUUCAUGAAAAUGAAUAGAACUAUUGUAUUAUGGGAGAUGUGUCAGUGAACUAGAAAAUGUCAAUAACCUUAAAGGAUGGAGGGUUUUUAUUUUAAAUAGUUUAUGAAAUAUAUAUUGACAUGCAUAUUUGAAAAUGCUGCAUAAAAAUAAAAGUGGUGUGUUUUCCCCCUCUUUGGAGACAAGAAAAUUUUAUUAUGACUCUAGAUAAUUGUGAUUUUAAACACUUUGUUUUUUUUUUUCUUAAAAAAAAUUGGAUUUCAAAGAAAAGAAUGGAAAUGAGAGGUAAGGAUUAAAGCCAAAGUUAGGAUGGGAAUUUAAAAAAUAAACAUUACAUAAAAUCUU